AUGGGGGACGAGCAGGAGAAGUGGCGCAGGGCGCUCCUCAAGAAGCUGCGCGGCGCCGCGGGGGUCAAGGCGCGCAUCGACGCGGGCGACGGCGCGAGCCUGCAGAGGUCGCAGCUCGCGAGAGGGACCGCAUCGGCGGUGGCGGAUCUGGUCGCGCGGUGCGUCGAGGCGGGGCUCGCGCGCGAUGGACCGGAGAUCGCCGCGGCGCUGGCGGCGGGGGCCGACGGGGGCAUCGUCGCGAUGGCGGCCGCGAACGCCAGGGGUCCCGACGGGGAACCCGGCGCGCGGGCGCGGCGGAAGCGCGAACGCGCCGCGGCACUCGCGGCGGCAUCAUCCCAGAGCGGCGGCGGCGGCGGCGGCGGCGAGGACGCCAAGCGAACGAGGCUCGACGACGGCGACCGCGCGCGCGGAUCCAAGCGCGCGAGCGGCGAGUGCAAGCGCGCCACCUGGGCGCUCCACGCCCUCGCCAAGGCGCCCGACGCCGACCCGGCAUCCGUCGCGGUCACCGCGAAGGCGCUCACAGCUGUGUUGCGAGAUUCGAAGCGCGACGCGGCGUCGAUGGACGCGUUGCUCGCGUCCGUCGCGCUGUACGCCGCCGCGAAGCUCCGGUCGAGCGCGCUCAUCGCGGAAGGUGCGACCGACGCCGCCUCCGACGCGAGACGCGAGCUGCGCGUGUGCGCCAGCCGCGUCGCCGCGCGGGUGGACGCACAGCUGUGCGCGCGAGUCGACGCGAGGGGCGCGUCGAACGCGCUGUGGGCGCUGGCGACGCUGGCGUCGUCGCGAGGGGAAGCCGGCGUCGGGGAACGCGAGCGCCACGCCGCGACGCGGGCGCUCGUCGGGGCGCUGUCGACGCGGGUUGAGUUGAGGGCGGCGUUCAACGCGCGGGACGCGGCGAACGCGCUGUGGGGAUGCGCCAAGGCGCGGGUCGGAUUGUCCGACGAAGCGACGACACAGCUGGCUAGCGCCGUAUCCGGGUCGGCACCCGGGUCGGCACCCGGGUCGGCACCCGGGUCGGCACCCCCCGGCGAACGCGGAGCCAACGCGGUCGAGGCGUCCAUGGCGCUGUGGGCGCUCGCGUCGAUGCGAGGGGACGGGACGAUUGGCGCACACGUGGCGCGUCUCGCGGCGACGGGCGUCGUUCGGAGACUCGCCGAGUGCGCGGUUAAAGUCGGUCCGACGUCGACGACAGAGGUGGAUCAACACCGGGUCGUCGCCAACGCGUCGUGGGCGGCGGCGAAGUUAUCGGAGCGCGUUGUAUCGGGCGGCGGCGGCGGCGACACAGCUGGCGACGAUCCGGCGAAGAUGGACUCGGAGUUUGACGCGGUCGCGACGGGCCUGUUGCGACGGUUCGCAUCCGCCGCGGUUGAAGCCGGACCGGCGUUCCAGCUCGAGUCGCCGCGCGCCGCCGCGCAGCUCGUCGCCGCGCUCCGUCCCUCGCUGCUCGACGCGGCGUGCGGAGGGGGGGGUGCCGAUGGGGUGCCGAGCGCGGAUGACGUCGCCGCGAUGACGAUCCUCACGCACCGGGGUUUGCGAUCGUGCUUCGCCAGGGGGCGCGAGGAGAUGGAGAAGGAGGCGAGGGGGACGAGGCGGACGUCCGCGAACGGCGCACACGACGUCGUUCGUAAGUAUCCGGAAAGUAUCCAGAAACCCUCGUCGGACGACCUCGCCGCGUUUUGCGACGCCGCGGAGGCGCUCAGCGGCUUCGGCGUCGUCGUCGACGCGGGAUACUUUCGGUCGGCGGUGGCUGCGGCGUGCACGGGGGGACCGACCGCGCUGGGUUGGCGCGCCGCGGGGAGGCUGGAGCACUGCGUCUUCUCGGUGCUCGGCCUCGGCCCCGUCGCGGCGACCGUGACCGCGCGGGGGAGUGGAUCCCAUCGGGGACGCCGAGGGGGUGCUGCCGAGAGGGCGCCGAGCGCGGAUGACGUCGCCGCCGCCGAGCGACUCCUUCGCCGGGGCGCCGCCGCGGCGGAGGCGGCGAACGAUACCAGGCUGGCGAUGGAGACGGCGGCCGCGGACGUGCUUCUCGCGGUGCCCGGCCCGGACGGCCCCGUCGCAUCCGGCGGCGGCGGCGGCGGGCGCAUGCUCUGCGUCGAUGAUACGCACCGUUUACUGUCUCGAAUGCUUCGCGAACGCGGCGGGUGGAGCGUGACGAAUUGGAACAGAUUCUCGAGGAAGGACCGGCGGGGCGCGCCGCGGCCGCCGGCGGGCGCGUUCGACGCCGCGACGGUUCGUCUUCCCCCGACGAAGGCUGCGUUCGCCAUGGCCUUAGUCGCGGUCGCGGCGAGGCUUCGCGCCGGGGCCGUCGCGUGGAUCUACGGCGCGGAUCGAGAGGGCGUCCGCGGGUGCGAGUUCGAUUUGCCGGACGGAUCGUUCGAGGACGUUCGGGUCGUUCACAGCUGUGCGAGCGGCGGCGGCGGCGGGGUCGAGGGCUUCGACCGCGGCGCGCACGUCGAGGACUCCGUCGGAUCGUUCUCGGUGCUGCGAUGCGUGCGGACGGAUAAGCCGUUCGGGGUUUCGGGGAGUGGGAACCCGGCGGGAGGCGGGGCGACACAGCUGGCGACGAGGUCGACGACUCCCAACAGGGACGAGGACCUUCUCGAAGGUUUCAAAAAAGUCGGUAGGUUAGACGUGCGACUCGGCGAUGACGUCCACGCGUUUGAACGGUGGGUGACCUACCCCGGGCUGUUCGCGGGCGGUGGUUUGGACGUGAUGACCGCGUUUUUGCUCGAGACGAUGACGCGCUCGAGCGACGGAUGGUUGGGUUCAGCGCUGAGGGGAACGCCGGAAGGGAGAGGCGGGAAGGAGGGGGAGUUUUCGGCGCUGGACUUUUGCUCGGGGUCCGGGACGCUCGCCGCGUGCGUUCGCCGGCUCGCGCCCUCCGCGCGUCUCACCCUGCUGGACGCGGACGCCGUCGCGAUGCUCGCCGCGAGGGAGAACCUCUCCCUCCCCUCUGGUUCGAGCGGCGCUUCGGUGCUCGAUUCGUCGGAACCCGACGGUUCAUCUCCGAGGUCGGUUCAUCUUCCCGCCGCGUUCGCGCUCGGCGACGGGUGGACCGGUUUGUCGUCCGACGAGCGCUUCGACUUGAUCGUCUCCAACCCGCCGGUGCACCUCGGACUGAGGCCGGAGUUCACCGUGCUUAAAUCGAUGUGCGCGGGGUUCGACGCGAGGCUCAAGCCCGGGGGCGAGGCGUGGUUCGUGGCGCAGAGGUACGUGCCGGUGGCGGGGAUCUGCGCCGGGAUCGGGGGUUUGGCGGCGAAGGUCGCGCGAGUUUGCGCCAACGACAAGUUUGCGGUGUGGUCGGUGCGCAAGCCGCCCGGCGCCGGAAGGGAAGACGGAUCUUUGGAGAGGAAAGCUGCGAAGAAGGCGAAGAAGGAGAAGAAGGAGAAGAGCGGCGGCAAGAAGGAGAAGAGCGGCAAGAAGGAGAAGAAGGAGAAGAAGGAGAAGAAGUACUCAUAG